UGAAUAUCUAACAAAUUCGUUUUCAAUCCGACAUUUGGUGUUCUGUGUUUCACUUUCACAAUUUCAAUUCCACAUUUUUUCUAAAAUGAAUUCCGAGUGAAUACGCAUGUUCUGGAAAACGAAUUCACAAGAAAAAUGUCGGUUAGCAUUCACUUCAGUUCGAAAUUGUGAAUUUGGUGCGAGCAAAUAUGGGUAAACAUAAGAAUGCGGAGCAGGAAGCGAUCCUUGUCCACUUCAUGGAGUCGCAUAAAGAUAUCGCUCGAGGCUUUGUUAAGGGUGACAAAGUAAAAGUUGAUGCCCUAUGGAAAGAGGUGGUGACAGAAUUAAAUCUUCAUGGUCCACCACAGAAAGAUAUUUCUGGUUGGAAAAAGGUUUGGAUGGAUUGGAAGGCCUUCAUAAGGAAAAAAGUUGCACACAACAACUUAGAAGCGAGGGCAACAGGAGGAGGGCCAUUUAACAAGCACAUCCUCACUCCAACUGAAGACGCAAUAGCCCAAUUAUGUGGUAUAUAUACCGUGGUGGAAGGUAUUCCCAGCACAGCAGACUUUGGUGUCCCUUCCGAAAAUUGCGAUGUGCCUUCAGAGAUUUCCAGCGAUGAUGACAAACUCCCAUCUACAAGCAAUUCUGCUCGAUUCCGAAGACGUGAGCCUAUGGUAACCGACCACUUAAGGAAUAAUGUCGGUGAGCAGACAGGUGCCUUGAAAAGUAUUGUAGAUGGGUUGCAAGAAAAUAUUGAGGCCACAAAGGAAAUUAACACUAGCAUUCAAUGCCUUUGUGAAAGAGUAAAAGACUUGACUGAGGAGAACAAAAGGCACCAUUUCGAAAUGGAGCGGCUGCGACAAGAAGAAAAUGAAAUGAAAUAUAAAGAGUAUGAAUUGACGGAGCUAAAAAUGUAUUUUAAAUACCAGUGCAAACCAAACAGUAAUCCAUAAUUUCCUCUUUUAUAGUUUUUUAAAAAGUAUAAACACAGCGAUGUUUU